AAGUUCCUUGUCUUUGACCAGAGACCAACGCGCAGACGGGCGGACGAUAACAGCAUCCACUGCUGUUAUUAAGCCUUUACAUCUAAAUGAACUUUUGUCAAAGAAAGCCCUGAUCAUGCCCACUGCUUUUGCAGGGCAAAGAUAUUGAUCGGCGUUUCAAAUACAUAUUUUUUUUUCUUAUGAGAUUAUUUUUUCAUAUACUUUCAUUUUUCGGUAGGCUACCUGUGUUUUUUUUACACCAUGGUGCUAGGAAAGGUGAAGAGCUUCACAGUCAGCUACGACUGUCUCAAUGACAGUAAUGUCCCCGUUUUCGCAAGUGGGGACUCGGUCUCAGGGAGGGUGAUCAUCGAAGUCACUGGAGAAAUCCGUGUGAAAUCUCUUAAAAUUCAUGCAAAAGGAUUUGCGAAAGUUCGUUGGACUGAAUCGCGAAAUGCUGGCUCCAACACUGCCUAUACGCAAAAUUACACUGAAGAAGUAGAAUAUCUAAACCAUAGAGACAUCCUAAUUGGACAUGAAAGAGAUGAUGACAACUCAGAAGAAGGACUCACCACUAUCCAUUCAGGAAGACAUGAGUAUGCAUUCAGCCUUGAGCUUCCACAGAUACCCCUGGCUACCUCGUUCGAAGGGAAACAUGGCAGUGUGCGCUACUGGGUGAAGGCCGAGCUACACAGGCCAUGGCUUCUGCCCAUGAAGACCAAGAAAGAAUUCACAGUCUUCGAACACAUCGACAUCAACACUCCCUUACUGCUGUCGCCCCAGGCAGGCACAAAAGACAAGACUUUAUGCUGCUGGUUCUGCACCUCAGGUCCAAUCUCCUUAAGUGCCAAAAUCGAAAGGAAAGGAUAUACCCCAGGAGAGUCUAUUCAGAUCUUCGCUGAGAUUGAGAAUUGCUCGUCUCGCAUGGUCGUGCCAAAGGCAGCCAUUUACCAAACGCAGACCUUCUACGCCAAAGGGAAAAUGAAGGAGGUAAAACAGCUGGUGGCCAACCUCAGAGGAGAGUCGUUGUCCUCGGGCAAGACGGAGACGUGGAAUGGCAAAAUGCUGAAGAUCCCCCCCAUCUCUCCCUCCAUCUUGGACUGCAGCAUCAUCCGAGUGGAGUAUUCUCUCAUGGUGUACGUGGACAUCCCCGGAGCUAUGAACCUGUCUCUGAACCUGCCACUGGUCAUCGGCACGAUCCCGCUGCACCCCUUCGGCAGCCGCACCUCCAGUGUCAGCAGCCAGUGCAGCAUGACCAUGAGCUGGCUAGGCAUGGCCCUGCCAGAGCGCCCUGAAGCCCCACCAAGCUAUUCAGAGGUCGUGACAGAGGAGCAGAGACGGAGCCUGGAGGUGACCUCAGCCAGGGAUGAGUUCGAGGGACCACUCUUUGCCUACAUCCAGGAGUUCCGCUUCCAGCCUCCUCCGCUCUACUCUGAGAUUGAUCCCAAUCCCGAUCAAGCCAGCCGGACGGAGGAGCGGAGACCUGACACUUGUCCAUCACGUUGAAGGAAACACAGAGCCCCCGCCCGGAGACGUUUUGGGCGUUUCUAAGUCAACUCUGUUUUUGUAUUUUUCUUCCCCCCGGUGACAGCGUUCGCACUCCGCCCGCGACGUCGAGAGGAGAGAAAAAACAAACAAACAAAUACCACAGGGGAACAAAGCCCUGCCCCCUCCCACAGAGAAAGGCACAGGAAGUCUGCCUUCCUGCCUGGUCCGGGGAAAGGC